AUGGUGGCCGAGGAGGAGCAGCAGAUCAUGGCCAAAGUCGGACGAGCAGUGAUCCCGAUGGCGAUGGCGCUGGCGCUGGCGCUGGCGUUGGCGUUGGCGCUGGCGCUGGCGCUGGAGGAAGAGAUGUUGCUGGCUCUGCAUCUGAUGCCGAUGCCGAUGGCGGUGGUCGUGGCCAUGGCAAUGGUCGUGGUCAUGACGAUGGUCGUGGUCAUGACGAUGGUCGUGGUCAUGACGAUGGUCGUGGUCAUGACGAUGGUCGUGGUCAUGACAAUGGUCGUGGUCAUGACGAUGGUCGUGGUCAUGACGAUGGUCGUGGCCAUGUCGCCGGGGCCGUCUGUGUGGUCUGCCGCUGGAGUCGGUGCUGUGCCUGGCUCAGGUUCUGGCUCAUCGGCAUCAUCGGCAUCAUCGGCAUCAUCGGCAUCGUCGCCAAAGUCGUCGUCAUCGCAGACUCGGCUGCAGUCGUGGUGGAGUACGACCAAGGCGAGAGUGGCCGAGGGGUGGCGAUGGGUGGUGAGCUCUCGACCAAGGCGGUAUGCGCGCGAUGUGCUCAUCUGCAUGCUUGCGGGCGCGGCGGUGAUCAAGGCCAACGCUAUCGGCCUGGGCUACCUCGUUCUCGCGGCAGUGCUUGUGGUGAGCACGCGAGAAAAGGCAAGCCGGCGGCGGAUGGUGCUGCGGGCGGUGGUGGCGGCGGCGAUGGGCUGGCAGUACGCCAUGGUGGUGGGCGGGCGCGGGCGGGUCCGGUGCGACCAUGAUCUGGGCUCGAUCUGUGGCUCAGGCGUGUGCUCGCCGCUCGGCUCGUGCCUGUGCAAGCCCGAUGCGGCCGGCGGCGGGUGCGAGACGGCUCGGCGGCCGGGUCUCCGGGUCGGAUGGGAUGCGUCGCUCGCCGAGUGGCUCGGCCUCCUCAUGACCAAUCGCUGGUUCCUCGUCCUCGACGCGCUUGUGGUGGCCGCUGCGUUUGCCAUUCCGUCACAGACCGGUCUGUCCGCCGAGGACGCCGCGGCCGACGAAGAGGUGGCCAGCGAGGUUGCCGGGGCCGAUGCGGUAGAGUCAGCCGUUGGAUCGCCGGCCGCCGAGAACAAGGCAGCGUUGGCCAUGACGGCGUCGGCAGCAACCGACGCAGUGCUCCGGCACUCGUAUCGGGUCGUCCUGCUAGCAAUCCUGGUGGCUGUGGCCGGGCGCGAGGAGAUCACCUUGCUCUCGAUGGGCUACUUUGCCAUUGCGCUCAAGUACCUACGGCUAGCGGACUCGAUCCUUCCGCGCCGUCGCAAGCUCUGGGGCCUCCUCCAGCUCUACAACUUUGUGGUCAUCUUUGCCAAGAUCGUCUUCCAGUUCCCGCUUGUCCCGCACGACGUAGCGCCGGUCGUCCAGGCCAACAUCGGCUUGUUCAAGCUCCCCUACUCGAAGCUCUUCUCAUCGGUUGGCCUCGGCCUCGACAUCAUCAUCUUUCUCCUCGUCCACGUCCAGGCCGUCGCCUUUACCUCGGCCCGGUACGAGAUCUUCCACGCCCGCAACCUCGCCGCACUCCGCCACGCCAAGAUCAAGGCCGCCUACGUGCGGGCCCAGCGCCGGGCGGCCGAGGAAGAGGUUGCAGCUGCGCGCGCCCGCGAGGACAUCAUCCGCCGCGAACGCACUGCUCAGCUACGCGAGCAGCGCAAGCAUCGCAAGGCCCUGUUUGACGUCGACUCUGCCGCCGCUCAUCUCGAGGCUGUCGCCCGAUCGCGUGGAGUCUCGCUCGCCUCGCCGCCUGGCGAGGUUGACGACGGCGGCGGAGACGCCGUCGCCAUGGACGAUGUCGAUGUGGCGGUGGACAAGAAGGCGCUGUCGUCGUCGCCGCAUUCGCUCGACUCGGACUCGGACUCGGACUCCGAGUCCGAGUCCGAGUCCGAGUCCGAGUCCAAGCCGCUCAUAGUCAAGAUCAAGGACGCGCUGGCGAGUGUGCAGCGAGCGGCGAUGGCGGUGGUAAGCUCCGGGCGUGACAAGGCAGGGGCCGGCGGAGCGCGGGUGAUCAAGUGGGCACUGUGGGCGGUGGACAGCGAGAUGUACGAGACCGAGAAGGUGCGGCGGGCGAUGCUGACCGAGCACACCCAGUUUGCCACCGAGGCCGAUGCGGCGCUGCUGGGCGCGAUGCGAGCCGAGGGCAAGGUCGCGCCGUUGGCGCCGCAGGUUGUGAUGCUUGCGGCAGAGCGGCAGGCGCUUCUGGGAAAGCUGGCGGCAAUGGAUGAGGCCGAGGACGCGUUGGAGGCAAGCUUGGCUGAUGGCGCCGCAUCGGCCGUCCUGCUACGGUGGGAGCGUGUGGUGGCGGCGGCGCUGUACGCGUACAACAACGAUCCGUACUACAACAUGAGCGCGCGUGUCCGUGGGCGGCUGGAGGCGGUGGAGGCCAAGCUGCCGCGGGCAUCGACGGUUGCCAUUGCCCUCUUCGCGGCUCAGCGGCUGGCCUACCACUCGACGAUGGUGGGCGUGGCGCUGGCCAUGGUCCUCGCGCACCUUCUCGGAGCCUCGAUUCUCUCGUCGGUCCUUCCCAUCUCGCUGGUCUUGGUGGGCCUUGUGCGCUACCCAGAGCCAUCGCUGGCUUACCUUGUGGGCAUGUCGCGGUACGUGGAGGCGAUGAUCAUGAUCAAGCUCGUGUUCCAGCUCCCGCUCUUCUGCAUCAAGGUCUUCCGCGACGUCGAGUCAACGUCGACCCGGAUCGGGUACGCGUUCAACACCGCAGACACCUCGUGUCCGCCCCUCAUCGCCUCAUCGUACAGCAAGCGGCUCUCGCUCCCGUGGGUCAUCGGAGUGGUCAAGUCGAACGAGACGGUCUUUCUCGCUCACGUCGCCAUCGAUCUCGUCGUCCUUGUUGUGCUGUACAUCCACAUGUGGAUCAUCCGGCGGAAGGGGCUUGACAAGGAGGAGGACGAGAGAGAGGAAGAGGGAGGAGUGGAGGAGCAGGAAGAGGCGAGUGACUCGGGCUCGGGCUCGGACUCGGGCUCGGGCUCGGGCUCGGACUCGGGCUCGGGCUCGGGCAAGGUGGCGCAGAUCAAGGCGAUGGUGGCGGAGAUCAAGAGCCAGAUCAUGGGAUUUGUCGAGGGCGUGUAUGCGGAAAAGGCGGCCGAGGUGGAUACGUAUAUGGCAACGUUUGGGACGGAUCUGGCCUCGUUUGUCUUCACCAUCUUUAUCUGGGGCGCGUUCCGCAAGGACGACGGGAAGUCGACCAACUUUGUGCAGUUCCUCUUCGCCAACCAGAUUCCUGUCACCUUUAUCGUUGUGCUUCUCGCGCAGUUCAUCCUCAUUCUCGCCUAUCGGGCCGUGUAUCUCAAGCAAUGGCUGACGGGCGCGCUGGUGUAUGCGUGCGGAGUGACCAUCGGCCUCCACGUCUUCCUCUUUCUCUACGUCCCGCAGACAACGGCCAAGCCGUUUACGGCCUCGGGCGCGCUGGUGGUCUUCUACAUCCUGCGGAUGGUAUCGCUGGUCCUCGUGGCCAUCCAGAUCCGUUGCGGCUUCCCACGAUACACCUCGGGGCAGGCGCUGACCCAAAAGGCCUCGAAGAUGGGCGGGUAUGUGUUCUCGGCCUACCUCGCCCUGCCGUUUGUGUACGAGCUGCGGGUCCUUCUCGACUGGAUGUGCACGCCGACGACACUGCUCUUCUACCAAUGGCUCCAGGUCGAGGACGUGUUCUCAUCGGUCUUUCUCGUCAAGUGCCGGCUGCUCUCCGAGGCCGCCACUGAGCGAUCGCGCGGCGAAGCGCGGCCUGCGGCGGUCAAGCUCUCUACUGGCUGCGUCCUGCUCGUCUUCAUGGUCAUCAUUCUCUGGCUCCCGCUGUUCAUCUUCUCAUCAGCGAAUCCUGCGCUGGCGGCCAAUCCUGUGGAGCGAGUCACGGUGAGCAUCCAGCUCGACGCGCUGGCGCCGCUGUACGAGGCGAUGGUGUCGACGGAGACAGGCGAUCUGGCUGUUGUCCGCGAGGUGCAACCUCUGGUGGGCGGAGCCACAAACUUUACCCGGACAGUAGAGGCAUCGUCCGGCCUGCUCUCCGAGUCGCUCUUUCGCAAGGAUGCGGUCCAGGUGGCCUCGCUGCCGGUCAUCUCGCAGCGGGCCUGGCCUGUGCCGCGGGCGUUGGCAGCGCAGGCGGCGGCGGAUCUUGCAGCGGCCGGGCGCGGUGAGCGGGUGGCGCGGCUGGUGGUGCGAAUGCGAGUCGAGCGGGUGAAGGAGCAGGAGCAUCGGGUCGUCGCCGCCAACUACGGCCGCGAGCUGAGUCAGGCCGAGGCCGGGGAGCUCGGGAUGAUGCUAGGCAACGCGAGCCGUGGCGCCGGUCUCAGCACCGAUAGUCUGCUGGAGGCCGGAUGGAACGUGACCGGGCUUGGGAUCGGGCUCACCAAAGUGCUGCCCCGGAUAGUGGUGCUCGGCGCGCCGGCGAGUCCGCUGAGCGGGAGCGGGGCGACGACCAUUCCGCUGGAGAUCGGGGCGCUCUCGCUGAGCGACGGAAGCGUGCAGUGGUUUGUGAGCCAGCGGAGCGAGGCCGGGAUGUGGGACGCGGUGCGCGGGAGUGGGGCGCGGCCGAUGAUCUUUGUAUACUCGAACGAGUUGCCGGACACGGUGCUUGCGGUGCUCGGCGGGCUCAUCGGAGUCUACGUCGGCGUUGUGCUCGCCAUCGGGCGGAUGCUGCGGUCGUACGUCUCGGGCGUGGCCCACUCGAUCAUGUUCAACCACCUCGAGCCGAACCCGGACCCGAUUCUCACGCUCUGCCGCGACAUGGCUGUGGCGCGCCAGAGCAAAGCUGGCCUGCGGCUGGAGGAAGAUCUCUAUGGCGAGCUUGUCGAGCUGUAUCGGUCGCCUGAAGCACUCAUCGCGCGAACCAAGGGCGAGAUGGCGGCCAUGGCCGAGCUAACCCGUGAGCAGAGCCAGGCCGCGGCGGCGCGGGCACGCGAGGCGCGAGUCCGGGCAAGAGAGCGGGUCCGGGAUCGGGCACGGGCACGGGCAAAGGAGCAGGAGGAGGAGAAAAUGAAGCUCGAGUAGUGAUG